AUGCCCACACCCUCCCCGUCCAGCAACGACAGCAUCGUUGCAGCGACUUCACAACAGUCCUCAUGCCCACCCGACCAUGACAGACUGAGCUGGCGGGCUGAGAAUAUGAAUGGAACCCACGAUGAAGUGACCGUGACGGCACGAGAAGUUCUUCAACAGCCUACUCCUCCACCAACAGAAUCGCGGGCUGCCGAUUCAACGGAUACACACAUCGCAGAACACCGCAGCACCAAACGAAUGGACAUGGAUGAAGAUACUAGUGGGCCGGAUAUGCUGUCGCCCAUGAGUGCUGAGGGCGAUAAGCAGGAAGAGAACGAGCCCGCAUUGUCGGAUAUAAACUUGGGGCCUCCGUCUAUGGGCUACGACUUCUCAAAUAUACGACUCCUUCCAUCCUCUCCGUCCUCUUUUCUGCGCGCUGGAAGCAAGUUUCACGGGACUCAGCAAUCCGAACGCCAGGUCUACGAUGUACAGGUCGAAAUCAAGCAUGUAGAUAUGAGGGAGUCAUUUUUGUGUGGAUACCUGCGGAUCCAGGGAUUAACGGAAGACCACCCGACACUGACUACGUAUUUCGAAGGGGAGAUAAUUGGAUCUAAAUACACUUUUCUCACAAAACAUCAGGACUGGGGAUCAACCGAUAAAGUUGAUUUACAACAUUGGGCCAAGUUCUCAGCUUUUCGGCCCUUUCGAGACAAGGCAAAGAAAGGGCACCUACAUAUCCCGCAACUCGCACAACGAGAAAACAUAUUCAUGAGAUGGAAGGAACACUUCCUGGUUCCGGAUCAUCGAGUGCGGACAAUAAGUGGUGCUAGCUUCGAGGGUUUCUAUUAUAUCUGCUUCAACCAGAUACAUGGGACUGUCAGUGGGAUAUAUUUUCACGCCAAAAGUGAGAAGUUCCAGCAGCUAGAGCUGAAGCAUGUCGAGGAUAGGGGCUGCUUUGCAGCAAUGGAGUUUCGAUGA